UGACAUUACAACUUUCAUCCCAAAUUAUUUAUACACGUUGCACCAGGCUAGAUAUGUUGCACGUAUAUUGUGACUGCAUGAAUUAUAAUUAUUAAGUGCUAAUCGCGGAAUAUUUUUGAAAAAAUAAAUUGCGGAUGUUUAACUAAUUUAUGCAUAUAGAAUGAUCCGGCUGUUACUCACUACAGUACUAGCGUCGGUGUUGUCGUCGGUAUUUGUCGUCGGCGAUUACGAUUGCUUAUGUAACUACAAUGUUGAGAAGGCGGUAUUUUCGUCGGCAAACGAGAAUGGUCAGCCUUAUGGCUAUCUAUACGAGUUUGACUGUAAACCCGUGAUGUCCGUACAAGAUGCCGGCGACAAUUGGUAUAAAAUACAGUUUGAACAACAGGUUGGAUUUAUAAAGAUGGAUCAACAAGUACGGAUGCAAGUUUGUCCUGGACAACCGCCGGCUAUGGAUCUAAUACCUGUCACGACUAAAGCUUCAAUUAUUACCACCAUGCUGAAAACAACGACAACCCCCACAACAACAACUACUACAAUGCCUACGACGACCACAACAACAACCACACCCACUACAACAACAACCACGCCUACUACAACAACAACCACACCCACUACAACAACAACACCUACUACAACAACAACCACACCCACUACAACAACAACCACACCUACUACAACAACAACCACAGCCACUACAACAGCAACCACACCAACUACAACAACAACUACACCUACUACAACAACAACCACGCCCACUACAACAACAACAACGACUACGUCAACAACAACAACGCCUACUACUACAACAACCACGCCCACUACAACAACCACUACGCCGACAACAACAACUACCACCCCUAAACCUACAACCACGAUGUUCAAAUAUUACGGCAGUUAUUGGAACACGGAAGCUAAUGUGACUGGAACACCAUAUCAGUAUGUUGGGGUAAGCUACAAUCUGCUAACAGGUUACCCAAACACAGUACCAGAUCCUGGUCUCUUGACGAAACAGCGUAUCUUUGAGCUGACGGGAAACUCGAGCUCCGUGCGAGAAGCUACGUAUGUGAAACAAUCACGCUGUACUCAGGACAGGAAGCCAAUGCUGAUAUAUGGUUCUAAGGCAUACCAAAACGAACUCAAAGAGUACAUAAAACCAAGUCCGGAUCACAACGCUCACGUGGCCGAAUCAGCGUUUACUUUUAACUCUAAAUUCCAUGCUCUUAGAAAAUCCCUAGACAGUAGUUCUGGUAAUAAUGUAUAUUUGCACUCGAUAACAACAUGUAAAUAUGGAACUGUCCGCUAUAACAUGGACAAUGCUGCAGCUGGACAUUUCACAGUGACAAAGGAGUUCGCCAAGGAUGUAUGCUCCCUGCCCAUCGAUUUUAACUCCCUCAGCAAUCCGAAAUAUAUGAAGUUCUUGGACAAAUGGGGAACGAGUAUCGUCACGAGCGUUGACAUGGGAACAAAGACAAUAGACAGUUACCAGACGACACCUGUAAAAGUAUACCAACACAUUCAACGAACGGAUAAUGAUCUUGUUGAACAAGGAGGAAAAUAUCUGAAUUUUACGUCAUCGGUGGUAAUCAACACCCAUGACUACACGCACAGCAAAGCGUCAAAUGCUUCAGCAGUUUCCGGUACAUUCGGAAGUCCUCACCAUGCAUCGGUCGGUUCAUCUACUCACCAAGUUCCGAUCGCAGCAGAGCUGGUUUCUAUCGUUGAUGCUUUAGAUCCAAAAUACUGGAACUCGGUAAUUGACGAACUUGUUGAUGAAGGAGUUUGUAGUUCUGCUAUCAAGACAAUUGGUGUGGGAAAAUAUGGGUUCAAUAUAAAAAUAGCUCUAAAUCAAUAUCCGGGUUUCAAGGACACGGCAACUAAUCACGUGACAACAAAUCCUCCACUUCUUGAUCGUCAUACUCUUCACGUGCCGAUCACCUGGCCAGUUGGAACAUACGGGCUAAUGAAAGCGACCAGUGGAUGUCCGGCUGACAACGUAUACUGGCAAGAGGGAUUCAGGAAACAAGACACCGAGGAUCUUAAUCCCAAAAAUUCAUAUUCACCAGGAAUUCAACAUUAUUUAUCAGGUGAAUUCCACAGUGCUGAUAUACUUACGAGAUUCUGUAUGAAAACUAGCUACCACAGUAUGACAGGCGGCCAGUAUGAUCAAACAUGGUCGAAGGGAUCGUACUGUGUCUUGAAGAAAGGUAGCUGCCCUUCUGGUUUUAGUAUCGGCUACAUUUUCUGGGACGAUGAAGACUUGCACAACAAAAAUGCUAAAGGAGGAGCUCUUCCCGAGGGAGUAUUUGAUUCGAAUACUAAAAUAUAUUACUGCUGCAGGAAUGACGGCUCGCCAAGUACACAGAUAGUUCUACCAACUGACCGACCGUUUGUACUGGUACGUUACAAAGGAACGUGUCAAGCCGUUAACGGUAUGACUGUACGUGACCUGUUUGUCCAGUGGGAUGACGAAGAUUUGAACAAUCAUGACAGGUAUUACGGGGCACAUCCGAUGGACGAUGGCAGAAGCAAAAACCAUAGACUGCAUUACUGUUAUUAUGAAACACCCUCAGCCCAGGGAGCUGUUUUAGUCGGAUAGACGGUCUUGUUCAUUCAAAACGGUGCUAAUUCAUAAAAAAAAUCAUUUUCAAAGUUUUUAAGUGUUGUUUUAUUUGGUUUGGUUUAAUUUAGGUAGAGUAAUUUAAGCAUACCAGA